AUGAAUGCGUUUCCCCUCCUCACGGAAUUCCUUGGCUUCGAUCCUGCCGCUGAGUCCGACUCCGAAGAGCGAGUGAACAGUGUGGAGAAUAAUGAGGUCGAGAUUCUUGAGGACAGCCCGGUGGGCGACGAGAAAGAGUACUUCGUCAAACGACAGAUUGACUUGAUCAAGAAGACGGUGGAAAUGACGUCUGAUGUGAUCCCCGCCGCCACUUCUGGAGACGAUGAAGUUCUGAAGGAAAAUGCUGCCCCUUCGCUCGAGAACUCGUCUGCCAUCAGUUCCUCGUUCUUGGAACGAACGGUCAAUCAAGAGAUCGAAGCAAUGGCUAGCAAGCUCGAAAAUCUUAUGAAAAGAAAGAAGGCAGUCGACGAACGACUGGCAGUUGUCAAGGAAGAAAUCGCGGCGCGCGCAGAAAGCGGAAUGACGGAGCUUGCCUUGACCAGAGAAAAAGAAGCCAGACAGAUCGUUCUUCUCACGUUAGCUAAAAUGCACAAAGAGCUGAUGAAUGACCACAACAAAAGGGAGCCGAAAAUUGACCUCAGCAUCGAAAAGCUCUAUUUAGAGAGCUUGAACAUCGCGUAUUGGCAGGAAACGCUGGCCAAGUCGUCAAUGGGAUCGAAGCACCAGAUCAGCAAAGAUAUAUCGACAUCACUCUCAACGGCCGCUGGGAAUGUGCUUCAUUCGUUACGGGAGCUGGGGGAAUCAAAAGCCGAUGCUGAAGUAGAUCAACUUCUCUCAUCAGUCAUGAAACUUCUAAUCGAAGAAUGA